AUGAGUUCUUCGUCUCAUCAGCCCCCUGAUACUCCAAGACCUUCCGGGACUCCAAUUCCUGGCCCCCAAACUAUUCUCGCCACCGCAACUCCACGUCCUCCUGCACGUACCCCUAACACUCCAAGACCUUCCGGGACUCGAAUUCCUAGCCCCCAAUCUAUUUUCGCCACCGCAACUCCACGUCCUCCUGCACAUCCCACCAACACUCCAAGACCUUCCGGGACUCGAAUUCCUGGCCCCCAAUCUAUUUUCGCCACCGCAACUCCACGUCCUCCUGCACAUCCCACCAACACUCCAAGACCUUCCGGGACUCGAAUUCCUGGCCCCCAAUCUAUUUUCGCCACCGCAACUCCACGUCCUCCUGCACAUCCCCCUAACACUCCAAGACCUUCCGGGACUCCAAUUCCUGGCCCCCAGUCUAUUUUCGCCACCGCAACUCCAUGUCCUCCUACACAUCCCCCUAACACUCCAAGACCUUCCGGGACUCGAAUUCCUGGCCCCCAAUCUAUUUUCUCCACCGCAACUCCACGUCCUCCUGCACAUCCCCCGAACCCUCCGACACCUUCAGGGACCCGAAUCCCGGCCACACAGGAUAUCUUCUCCCCAAGGCCAGCUCCUUCUACCAAGAACUACAUCGAGCCUUCCUCUUUCAUUACCUUCCUCUUGGUCGCCCAGAAUUCAUACUACGCCUCCGGAUUUGGUGGUUCAAAGAAUUAUAUGGUUGUUAACCAUACAAGUCUAGUUGAUGUUUACAUAUGCGCAGCUCAGCCCCUUAUUCUAUUGUCUUAUGUCUUCUCUUUCCUGCGAGCUGAAUGGAUACUGAUUCUCGCUCUUUUGAUAGAUAGAAGGCCAGCAUUAGCACUCCACUCAAUUAUGUGCAAGUGCUAUAGGGGAGGAGGAGCUGAAGCUCACGCGGGUGGGUGUGGAAGAGGAGGUGGUGGUGCUGGAGCUGGAGGGUACGGUGAUGGAUGGCGCUGCAGGAGUUUUGGUGCAGAAAGCGGUAGAAGAGGCGGGGCUGGUGGCGGCAGAGAAAAUGGAGGAGGAUAUGGAGGUGGCGGAGGAGCUGGUGCAGCUGGUGGGGCACAUGGAGGUGCCAUGGCAGUGGAGGAAGAGCCGGCAGAGGAUCUGCUGGAGGUGGCGGUGACGGUGGCGGUGGGCAUGGUGAUGAGUAUGGAGCUGGUGGCGGAAGAGGUGAAGGAGGUGGCUAUAGUGGAUAUUAUCCCUGAGCUGCUUACAUUUCAUUACAGCUAA